AUACGAAGUACCAACAGUCCAACAAACAAAAAAAGACUUCUUGUGAAAGCAUAUCGCGAUUAGAAGUUAUUGCGUGUUAUUUAUUAAAAUUAUUGUAUUGCAAAUCCAUAUCAAAUAAUAAAAAAUGUGUAUGAACUCUUGAAAGUAGUCAAAGAAAUAUUUGGGCAAGAUGGUGUCGACGAGGCAGAUGAGUAGUAUAGGAGGUGGCAAUGGAAGUAGCGAAGGAUCCGGCCCAUCGCAUGCGGAACCCGUAACUGUGGCGCGUGUUACUCGCCACUCCAGUACAUUGCUCCCUGGGGGCUCAUCGCCGCACGCUAGUACUUCAAAAAAUUCAUUAGUGACGGCACCCAAAACCUUUUCUACGAAUAUCCUUGAUUUACCAGUUGAAGUCAUUGAAAAAAUUUUUCGUUAUCUAGGCUUUAAGAGUGUGUCACAUCUUAGAAUGGUUAACCGACAGUUCAAUACAAUAUGUAGUGGAGUAUUGAAUUCAACAUUUCAACGAUUACAAAAUCAAAUGCUACAUCGGUUUCAAGCGAUCAAGGCAAAGAUGCCACGCAGGGAAUCGGCUAGGAGGAGCCAUCCAUUGGCAUGUGAAUCAGAUAUCAUUGAAACUUUACACAUGAGACUUAGCUUAUUGCAAAUGACCUUCGGCAAACAUAUUGAAAGAAAACAUUGUUGUUUCUUUCCUGGAGAGAUUUUAGAUGAGGUGUAUAGUAUUUUGUCAUACUUAAAAACUACAACAAAGCUGGCAAGGCCUUACAAAGUAACGGAUGAGUUGUUUGAUUUAACAACUAUGGCUAUGGAAUAUUUCAAGGAGCACAUUGAACCCAAUUUGCCAGAGAUUACAUAUUUUGGCACUGAUUUCUUUGAUAUAACAACUGCUUUUUCACCCGGCGAGAGCAGUAAGUCGUACAUAUGCCUGGACUCGCCGCCGCCGAGCGGCUUCGAGUCGACGUCGCAGCAGGCGGGCGGCAACUCGUCGGGCGACCGGCGCGUGUCGUCGCAGACCUUCUACAUGGAGGAGAGCCUGCCGCCCUCGCCGCCGCCGCCGCAGAGCAACAUGGUGCUGCGGAAGCGGAUACACCGCAUCAAGCAGGGGAUGAAGAAGUACAAUGACCAAUUGUCAGCGUUGCGUAGUGAUCUGCGCAGCUGUAAGCGGAAAACUGCGCUACAACAGAAGCAAAUUGCCGAACAACAGAAGCAGAUAGCGGAGCAACAGAAACAGACCUUGGAGUACGCCAACCGUUUGGACGACUACGAUAAGAAAAACGAGGAGACCAGCCGCAAGUUUCAAACGUUAUUACAGGAGCUGAACAAGUGCAAAACGGAGCUGCAGUACUGGCGGUCGCGGUCGCCGGCCGUGCCGCCGCUGUGCGCCGAGUGCGGCGCUUCGCUGCGGCUCUCGCCCGUCGCGCUUGCGCAGUGGCCGUCCGGCUCUAGCACGGAGGCGAGCGAAGCGGAGGCGGCGGGCGGCAGCAAGGAGCCGCCUAGCGCCGCGGAGGUGGCCACCGAGAUCCCGCUGAAGGCGGAGGCGCGCGAGGGCGAGGAGGGCGCCGGCACGCCGCCCGCGCGCCGCCGCGCCUCCGCCGACGCCGCGCACGCGCCCAGCGGCACGCCCGAGCGCAAGAAGCGCCGCCUCACCAGACCGCGGAAGCUCUGAAACUGCACACGACCGACUCGCCGCUCGCGCGCCCACGGACCGGUCGGCUAGCGGCGGCAACUUGCGCGCCGAGCGACUAUGGUCGUCUUCUGUUUGCGCCUAGUGACCAAUAGCUAUCUUACCAUUUGCUCGCUUAGCGACCGAGAUCGCCUAGCAACUUUGGCGUUUAGUAACCAAUAUCAAGUUCUGUUUGCGCACUGAUUCUGAGCGUGCGUAAUGACCAAGUUUUUUUUUCUGUUUGAGUGCUUAUUGACCAGAAACACGAAUGGCCUUGUCGCUUUUGGCGCGCCUUAUGACCAUUGGUCGCCCUUUGCGUGCUUGUUGGUUAAAAACCUUGAUUCCCUGGGCUUUCUCUAAGACUCUGAUUAAAUUGAUGCCGCACUGGUAGGCUAAGUGAACUGAACAUCAAUCAGUAAAUGUUCUUUUAAACUCAGUACGCACAACAAUUUCAAUCCCAAACACAGUAGGCUGUUCAGAUAUGAAACAGUUCAAGAUCAUCAGAAAAUGAAUCGGCGAUACAAACCACAUGGUUCAGUAACAGUGGCAUUCGUUUUUUGUAAUCUUAGGUGCUCCAACAGUCCAGGUCUAAACUCAAUAUCCUGAAAAUCACUACUUUACGCUCAGUGAACUUAUUGCUAAAACAGCUUUCGGUCAAUAGCUGUUACGAUUUGCUAUUUAGAUAUGUGUAGCCAAUCUGUUAAAGAAGAUGCCUAUUAAAUAAUCUUUUUGUCGGUUUCGUGUACAUAUUGCACAAAUAUUUAAAAAACUAGUGCAAGUGGUUAGGCAAUCUAUCUUAGUGCCCAAACAGUUGAUGACCCAAUCCGAAUUAUCUGACAAACUUCACUUUCAGUGUGCUCAAUUAAUUCGGACAAAGCUUGUUAGGCUAAGGAAUUGGCGCUAAAACUAUUUUGCAAUCAGAGCUGUUUUUCGAUAUGUUGAAAUAAUACCCAUCUCUAUAAUUUCCGCAUCUUAGGUUACAGGUAAAUUACCACAUGUUGUUUACAACUAUGAACGUAUUUUAGAUGACCAUAUCCACUAAGCAUCUUGAUCAGUUGAACUUUAAAUCUUGCUUCUCAAUAAAUGUUCUCAAUAUUGAUGGUACAUAUACUAUUUGAGCAUAUUUUAAAUUUAGUGAUGUUUGGUUAUCAAAGGUUCGUUAAUUGUUCUGUUUUUCUUAAUGGUGGAUCAGCUAAAUUAUAUUUUACGGUUUAAAAGAGGGAAUUAAAACGCGUAUGAGAGCUAUGAUGCUAUUUCGUAAGAUAGAAAUUAUGAACCAAUAUAUAGAUUUUAUGCCAUUGUCUUGUCGUCAUUUAACAUACAGUAAAAUACAUAUUUGUAUUAUUGAGGUAGUCAUCGGUUGGGACUCCAUAGAAGAUUAACACUAGAUUGAAAUUUAUAUAUAUUCUUACUUAUUAGAAUGCGUAUUAACACUCAGCAAACUUCGACGACGACAAUGUUAAUAAAAUUAGAUUAAUAAUAAAAAUAAAGUUGCAGUAAAAUAAAGUGCACUAUUCCGUAAGUAUUAGAUAUGGUUCAUUUAUAAUUUGUUUGGACAAAUGUAGCAAUUUCGUUUCCAUUUCCUGUGAGUUUAUUAUCGCCUCACAAAAUGUUUCUCGUUGUUAAUUUAUCGUUAUUGUCUUGCUUCUGUCGGAAUUCAAAAUUCCAUUUUUUUACAUAAUUACCUACAUGGUAGGCUUCAGUAUCAACGUUUAACAACCUGUUAUGGGUUAAGAAAAUCGAAUACUAUAUGUAUAUAUCCAUAUAAUUUAUUAUUACCAUUUAUAUAUAUUGGCAAUAUUUUAAUUUUUAUACACAAAAUUUUAUCAGCGCAAAAUGUGCUUAAAAGUAGUAAUAAUACAUAAUACAAGAUCAUUUACAAGAUGCUGUUUUACUGCAAAUGUUAUGAAAGAUGGUGUCAAAACAUUAUUAUCUUUCAUAAUAUGAUAAUAAAAGGUUCUUAAAUUAAACAAAUUAUUAUAUUUUUCAGUCCAUUGUCUAAGUGCAUUAUCUAUUCAUUCAAGUGCAAUAAAAAUAUAACGCAUAAUGUGACUGGUAUUAGAAAGCUCAACUUCUUAUAUAUAUAACAUGGUAUAUUAUUGAUAUCAGGACUAAAUUAUAAAUAAUAAAAAUGAGACUAAUGUCAAAUGGGUCUUCAUUUUACUAUAAAAAAUUGUGUGCGUUUAUGGUAUUGGCAAAUGUUAUUUUGUCAUAAAUGGGAACUUAUAAAAGUUAUUUGUGUUAUAAACCGUAUUCGAAAUAUUUAGCAAAUAGAAUUCGGUCCAGUGCGAGUUGUACUCGUGACAAUAAGGGUUUUAUUGAAAUGAGCUAAAGAGUAAAUGCAAAAAAAUAUGGUAGACCCGUGCAAAUCGUUGCUUAACAGACAUACAUACAGACAAACAGACAUACGAAAAGUUCGGUAAUACGGUACCGUUUUAACCCAAUAAUAUACACCCUAAACUGAUAAACUAACUAGCAUUUACGAUCUUACCUUUUACGAUCAACGUAUACGGCCACUGAAACCCUUAAUAUAUUUCCUACUUAUAUUUCAUUGAAAAUCUUUGCGAACAGCUAUCGAAUUUUCGGGACAGUAUUUUUUGCACCAAAUGAUAAACAUUUAAAGUAGUGUAGCGUGACGCAAAGCGCGUUGUAAAUAAUGACACUAAAUACACUUUAAUUAUUACAAGCUUAUAAAUUUAGCAGUGUCUUAUAGGUAUUUGUAUUUAAAGAUUUGUGUUAUAGUUUAAGGUACAAAAAUGGAUAUCUACUCGAUGUUGCUAUCAAUGCUUACUAUCUGUAAUGUAUAAAAAGCCUUAAGCCCUCGGCUCACAAUGAUAAUACCCUAUUAUUGUUAUCCAUUAAUUUUCCUGUGAGAAAUGAAUUUUUGUUUUGAUGAAAUAUUUCGAAAUUAAUGUAAAUUUACUUAUUUCCUUGGAAAAUAUACGUACUUUGGGCGCACGGCCGCUGUACGUAACAGCAUUGUUUUGCCGUUAUAUUUAGUUAAUUAUAAGUUUUACAGCCCUACAAUUAAACUAAAAUAAUUUCUUAAUAUAGAUGUGUAAACAUUGUGAAUAGAAAGUUAAUAUCCGAUUGCUUUAUUUGUAAAUAAUAACAUUUCUCGUGUAAUGUACAAAUGGAUAUAUUUAUAAUUAUAUAAAUAUACAACUCUUAAAUAUAUAUUUUUGUGACAUGGUGUAUAGUGAAAUGUUGCUACCAGCGUAAAAUUAUUUUUAAUACAUUUCGUGUUACAAAAUGAUCACAGGGCUUCACACAGUUUUUGCAUCAUGUCACUUUAACUUAAAACAUAUCAACAGAAUUGUAUUGAUCGCAUCAGUUACCUACAAAUGAAUAGGCGUGAGGGAUAGAUUUAAAACGCACAAUAAAUUUAUUUUGUAUUUAAAGUUAUGUUUGCUCUUCAUUCACCUUUAAUUUUAGAGUUCUUAUUACAUAUAGUGUAAACAUUAUUUAAUUUUUGCAUUGUUUUGUUAAUACUUACAAAUGUAUUGUGACAGUAAUGUUGAAUGUGUUUUACAAAAAUAAAUGUGUAUCCAUUAUUUUUGGAUUAACCUAAAACAUAAUGAAAUUGACAAAAUUCCCAAGUGCCGUACCGUAAAUAUGUCCGGUCUACCACCGAUAACACUACGGCUUUUUCUACAUGUUUGAAAUUUAUGUCUAUGUGUAAUCAUAUACCAAUAAACGGACUCUGGGUUUAAUAUAUGUAAUAAUAAUUAUAUUCAAUAUUUUAGUCACAUUUUACUCAGAAUAGUAUGAUAAUCGUCGUCACAUAUUUAAGACUACUUAAGACAAUUCGAAAGUUGUACAAUUAUGUUGUAAUUCAAAGUGUUGUACAAGUACAUGUAUAAAGGACAAUUUAAGCGUAUAAUAGUACAUGUCAUAUUUGUAAGAUUUUUUUUAGUACUCCAUUGUAAUAAAAACAAACAGUCCAAUUGGUAGAAAACGUAUGCGUGUUAUAUAUCUAGGUGUGUUGUAUCACUCGUAGAUUCGGCUUCCAAUAUAUGUGAAUCGUUUAUUAUUUCAUGAUGAUUGUUGAUGUAGUAUUGUAAAGAUAACAUGUAUGAGAUACUACCGGGUUAUGAUACCCAUCACUUGGUUUCUGCUAAGCUUCUCGAGCGUGUGUAUAGUACAUAUGGCGUAGUGGAGUUCGUUAGAUCUCCGCCAUUGUUAUAUUUUGUAUAUAAUUACUGUACAUACUAUGUAUGCUGUGUGUAGAACUGUAGAAUGUUUCACAUUGAUAGAGUCGUAAGUCAAUUUAAAAUUAUAAUGAUAUGCAGAUUUUGAAUAGUAUAUUUUUUCAGGAAAUCCAGAAUCGUGAAUUGAAUCAUACAUGUGACGAUUUUGGCUCAGUGUAAAUCAUAUAUACGUGCUUCAAUAAUUUUGUAGUCAUGUCCAAGCCUUUCGUCGUAUUUCGUGAUAAUAGCACUAGUCUCUCUAGCUUCAUAAAGAUUAUAAACACGGCCUAUGUGUUAAUUUGUAUUUCCAUGUAUUGUGACGAAAUCUAGUGUUCGUUUUAAAUAUAAUCUUGCAUUUCGAUUGCUGGCCAUUUAUUACAAUAUACUUACACUUUUAAAAGAUUCAUUUUAUCAACUUACAUAAAAAAUAUCUAUUAACUUUCUUUCUUUAGUCUUAAAAACGAGCCUUUAGCCUUUCGAGGCGUAAAGGUUGAAGCGAUAUGGGUUCUAAAGACAUAAAAUUAUAGCUUAAGCGUAUCAUUCUAAAAUCAACAUAUUGCCUUUUUAAUAACGAGUAAAUGGUGUGAUUGAAAAAGAAAUCCAUACUAACAAUUAUAUAAUAUGUACUGCAAUUGUAAACCAAUACAAAUGUCAUGGCAUGUCCUUUCCGCUUGCUAUGUCUAUACUUUAUUAAAGGUGAAUGUUACAAAUGACUUUGUUUGAUAUAACAUAAAAAUAAUUUAGCAAAAUAAUAAGUUUCAUAUGUAAAUAGAAAAAGAGUUGUGUAGUGUUUUUUAAUCAGGUCCGAUAUAUUGUCAUCGUAGCCAUGCAUGCACACAUUGGUUUUAAUAAUUUUUUAUAUUGUAACCUACACAUUUCCGUAAAAUAUUGUUAUCUACACCAACAAGUAUAAUUAAUGUAUUUAAUUUUACUUUAAGAAUUAUAUAUAUGAUAAUUUAUAAGAAUGUCAGAAGUGUAUCUAUUGUAGAUUUUAAUAAAUUUAAAUUAAUGUUUAUAAAAACAUUUAAGUAAGAAACUUAUUAAAAAUUUGUGCCUAAAUCAAUUUAGUACUUAAUACUGCUGCACAAUAAUGUGAAUUUAAAAAUUCUGAAACAACAGUUAUUAAAAACAUUGUCUACUGAAACGUUAAAAAAAAAACUUCUGUUUCAAUAGUGCAAUACAUAAAUCCAUUGAAUGGUGUAUAGUUUGGGAUUUUUUUAUGAUUACUCUAAAGUGAUAGGGCUGUAAAUUAGAAAUUAAAAUAGUCUUGUUCAUAAAUAAUAUUAUUAUUGUCUAUAAAAGUGCACGGAAACAUUGCUAAAAUGUUGUGCUGUGGCGGAUGUGUACAACCAGAAAGACUGUCAAUUGGUAUAGAUAUCCUUUAUGAUAGUUAUAAAUAUAGUAUUUUUAUUAGACAAAAAUACAAUAAAU